AUGUCUGCAAACCCCGGAAAUCGUACACAGCUUUGGAAUCCAACGCCUCCUGAUAGAGGCUCGUUUCCGCUGGAUCACUAUGGUGAUUGCAAAGAUCAGAUGCAGAAAUAUCUUAAAUGCAUGAAGUUGGUGAGAAAUGAGAAUGCCCCAAACUGUCGGCUAUUGGCCAAAGACUAUCUCGAAUGUCGUAUGCAGCAUGAUUUGAUGGACCGCGUACCAUGGAAUGAGCUUGGACUACCUGAAAGCGAACCCAAAAAGGCAGAAUAA